UUUGAUAUUGUUAAUGCUCCUAAUCAACGAAUAUUUGAUGAUCACAAAAACUGUUCACCAUAUUUUUGUGAUAAAAAAUCAUCAAUACAACCAGCAAAUAAUUGUACAAUAAAAAAUCGGGAAAUUUCACGAGAAAUUGAAACAGUUGUGUCUCGUUUAUCAAAAAAUGCAAAGAGUUUACUAUUAUAUGUAGUUAACAAUACCUGUGAACAGUUUAACAGUGUCAUUAAUAAAUUCCUAGGAGGAAAGAAAAUUUAUUUUACCCAAAAAAUUCGUACAGUACACGUGUUUAUGCUGCUGUUAUUAGUUUUAAUUCCUCGCAAUAUUUAAGAACAGUAAAAAAAAAAUAUAACACAAAUAAGCCCAGGUAUUAUUUUUCUUUUAAUUUAAUGAUACAAGAAAAUGUUUACAAUCACAACGCUGCAGGUAUAUAAAUAAUUAAAAAUUUUAGAGGUUAUUGGAAAAAAAUUUUUAAAAAGGGUGUUAGAAAAAAAAUAUAAAUGUCAAAAAAAAAGAAAAGUUUUGUCAAAUAAAAAGCCGAACCUCAAACCUAAACGGUUAAAUUUUAGCAAGAAAGUUGAUGAAAAUUAUGGCAAUGCAGACAAUUUAGACAUUCUAAGAGACAUAAACUGUUCCGAAUUUGAAAAUGAAAUGAACCAAUUUGUCAAAAAACUAGGGGAAGUCGAUCGUUAUAAAAUUGAACGUGAGACUAGAGAUCAAGCGUGUAAUGAUAUUUGGAAACGUGAAAGGCUCUGCAGACUUACAGCUAGUAAUUUCGGUCGUAUUUGUAAGAUGCGUGCAAAUACUAGUUGUAAAAGUACUAUUUAUUCAAUUUUAUACUCUAGUUUUACCUCUAAGUCAAUUCAAUAUGGUAAAGAUAUGGAAGGGGUUGCUAAAAUAAAAUUUGAAGAAAUGUAUGCAGGAAUUCAGAUUAAACCUAGUGGUUUAUUUAUAGACGAAGAAUUUGCAUUCCUAGCUGCAAGUCCCGAUGGAAUUAUUGACGAAAAAACACUCGUAGAAAUUAAAGCUCCAUAUUCGGCGAAAAAUAGCCAAAGUGCAAUUGAGGCGGUUGAGAGUGGUAAAUUACCUUACUGUAAAAUAGAGAACGGCCAAUUAAAAAUGAACCAUAAUCAUAAUUACUUCAUAAAGUCCAAGGUCAAUUACAUAUUUCAAAAAAAGACAUUUGUUAUUUCAUUAUAUAUUUCACUCAAUGGAUUUCAGUUGAAAAAAUAAAAUAUGAAAAUGAUUUUUGGAUUAUGAGAAUGGUUGAUAAAUUAAAAUCGUGAGAAUAUAAAAUAUCUAUAAGUUCCUAAUCUAAUUUUAAUUAUGUAUUAUAUAACAUUUACAUUGUUUUACUAAGAUUUUAUUUGGACUGUCUACUCCCG